AAUGUGGGUCGAAACGAAGCUGUGCACACUUGAGAAUGAAAGAGACGCAUCUUGUUGCUUGUUUGCUCUUUCUGACGCUCAAUGUGGAUUUGGGAUUCGCAUUCGGAUCGAAUCAGAACAGCGAAUUCACUUUCCUUCUGCCUGCCGGAGCGACCGAGUGCUUCUUCCAAACAGCGCGCGGCAGCAUGGCAGUGCAGUACCAGGUCAUCGCAGGUGCUGGGUUGGAUGUUGGUUUCACUCUGAUCUCCCCCGGUGGAUACAGACUGGUCUCCGACUUCAGAAAGUCAGACGGCAUCCACGCGAUCGAACCCACAGAAGAGGGCGACUACAGGAUUUGUUUUGACAACAGUUUCAGUCGUGUGUCAGAGAAGAUGGUGUAUGUGGAGGUGAUUGUGGAUGCGGCAGAGCAGGAUGAUGAGGAUGAAGACUGGGCCGGUCUGGCUGAACCUGAAGACACACUGGAAUACAAACUGGAGGACAUCCGGGAAACGAUGGAUUCCAUGCACAGAAACCUGGAGCAAAGCCGUCAUAUCCAGGCGAUGCUGAGGGCGCUGGAGGCUCGUGACCGCUAUCUGCUGGAGGAUAAUCUGUGGCGUGUUUCCUUCUGGUCCAGUGUCAGUCUUCUUGUCAUGGUCAGCGUGGCCCUCACACAGGUGUACACAUUACGCAGGUUGUUCAGUGACAAACACCGAGUCUGCACGUAGCAGUUACAGAGAAGAUGCUGUGCAAACUCUUGUGUGUGAAUGUUACUGUACAGUGUAGAUUACCGGUCAGGCUGCAGAUGAAGGAUAAUAAUAAUGAAUUCAAUAAAAGUACUAAUGGAUUAAGGACAAUGAUACAUGGGGAGUUGCAGGCAAAGAAAAAAGUUUGUCAAUAGCCUUUUGUAUCUGCAAACGAGAUAUCGAUGAAUGACUUUGGGAGGUUAGCAGUUCAAAUAAUGUUAAACACCCAAUUUAUUUAAUUGUUGAAUGUCAUUUGUCCACAUGACUUUUAGAACAUUAUACUUGAAAUAAUUUAUACUUGAGGAAUAAAAUUGUGGUAAAUUGUGACUGAUUACAGAUCGAAUGGAUUUACCACGCAGUAAAAAUAAGAAAAAAUCUAUGGGUAUUUAAAAAAACAUUUUUGGUGUGCUAGUGUUAUUUAGGUUGACCAUACGUGCCAUUUUUCCCAGACACGUUCUGGCCAGGAUUGUGGGCGCAUGCUCCAGAGGUCGCAUUUGUCCACCGCAUACGUCAUCGAGGUUUUUUAUUUCAGAAAAGCAACCAUUACAUUUCAAGGUAAGAAUGAAACUACAACGUCUUUAGAGAAAAAAAAUGUUUUUUAUCAAAUUUUAUAAUGUUUUUUAACUAAAAUGUGAGAACCUCGAUGACACAUGCGGUCAACAAUUGUAACCUCCGGAAGAUGUGUCCGGUAAAAAUGGCACGCAUGGUCACCCUAGUGUUAUUGUACAGCACAUUAAAAUCCUAUAGGUAACAAAUACAUCUCAGUUUUAUGUUGCAGUGGAAAUGCAAGGAGAAAUGAACUGAUCGGCAUCAUUCUUCUUGUUUUGUAGUCUUUAUUCUGGUGCUUUGACUCAAAUUGUUCCUGUAAGGUUGAUUCAUUCUCAAAAAAACAUUUCUGAUAUUCUUCCAUCACCCUACAAAUAAUAGUAUAUUUAAACCUUUAUCCAAAAUAAUUCAAUUCAAUUAUAUUUAUAUAGCUCUUUUCACAAUGUGCAUUGUUCCAAAGCAGCUUUACAGGAGCAAAUAAGAAAAACUGAAAAACACAAAAAAGGUCAAACACGGCACAGUGCAUGGUGUUUAUAGAACAAUCAAGAUUAUUCUAGUAAAUAAUAUCUAAUAAAUGCAGUCUCCCAGUGGUUUAUUUAGCAUAUUAUGUAUUAAGUGAAUUCUUGGCUGAAAAGAUGUGUCUAUAGAUUUAAAUUGGGAGAGUGUGUCUGACCCUCGAAUAGUAUCGGGGAGGCUAUUCCAGAGUUUACGUGCUACGUAUGAGAAAGCUCUACCCCCUUUGGUGGAUUUAGUUAUUCUAGGUGUUAUCAAAAGUCUGGAGUUUUGAGAUCUUAGAGAGCGUGAUGGGUUGUUGUGUGGUAGAAGCUCUACUGAAACUACUGAACUAACUGUAGUUUGUUUAUUGAUGAUGCAGGACAACCACUAAGCAGUGCAUUGCAGUACUCAAGUCUUGAGGUCACAAAUGCAUGAAUAAGCUUCUCUGCGUCAGCAACACAUAAAAUAUUUCGCAAUUUGGCAACAUUUCUAAGGUGGAAGAAGGCUGUUUUUGUGACAUUUGAGAUGUGAUUUCUAAAUGACAGGUUGCUGUCUAAUAUAACGCCGAGGUCUUUAACUGUAUUUGUUGGAGUAACAGUGCAGCCUUCAAUUUGCAGGUUAUAAUCCGAAAUAUUCUGCUCACGUGUCUUUGGUCCGAUAAGUAAUAUUUCUGUUUUAUUCAAAUUUAAAAGAAGGAAAUUACAAGUCAUCCAAUGUUUUAUAUCUUCGAUGCACUCUGCCAGUUUGGAUAGCUGGAAGGAAUCAUCUGGUCUUGAUGAGAUAUAUAGCGGAGUAUCAUCUGCAUAACAGUGGAAGCUAAUUCCAUGUUUUCUAAUAAUGUUUCCAAGGGGCAGCAUGUAUAUGGAGAAUAGCAAGGGUCCUAAAACCGAUCCCUGAGGUAAUCCAUAAUUUACUUGCGUUAGAUUUGAUGAUUCCCCAUUUAAAUGGACAAAUUGAUGUCUGUCUGAUAAGUAAGAUCUGAACCAUUGUAGUGCCUGUCCCUGAAUACCGGUAUAAUUGUGUAAGCGAUCUAGAAGUAUUUUAUGGUCUACAGUAUCGAACGCUGCACUAAGGUCGAGCAGGACUAGGAGUGAGAUGUUACCUUUAUCUGAUGCUAUAAGCAGGUCGUUUGUAAUUUUAACGAGCGCAGAUUCAGUACUAUGAUGCGGUCUAAAGCCUGACUGGAAUUUUUCGUGUAUGUCAUUAUUUUGUAAGAAAGAGCACAACUGAUUGGUCACUACUUUUUCUAGUAUUUUAGACAGGUAAGGGAGAUUUGAAAUCGGUCUAUAGUUUCCUAGUUCAUUGGGGUCUAAGUUUGGUUUCUUGAUAAGAGGCUUAAUGACGGCCAGUUUAAAGGCUCCUGGGACAUGGCCUAGAUUAAUUGACGAGUUGAUAAUGUUAUAAAUGGGCUCAAUUGCAACGGGUAAUAACUCUUUUAAUAAUUUAGUUGGUAUGGGGUCUAAUAAGCAAGUUGUAGGUUUAGAUGUUGCAAUAAGUUUAAUGAAAUCUUUCUGUUUUAUAGGUGAAAAACACUGUAGCCUUUCUUUUGGGGCGAUGGUUGGUACUAAUUUAUAGGACAGACUUGGAGGUUGAGUUUUUACUAUUUUGUCUCUUAUGUUUUCGAUUUUUUCUUUAAAAAAAUUCAUGAAUUCAUUGCUAUCAAGGUGCGGCGGAAUACCCAGGUCAGGUGAAGUCUGUUUAUUUGUUAGUUUAGCAACUGUACUAAAUAAAAACCUUGGAUUGUUUUUGUUAGUUUCUAUGAGGUUUCGGAGGUGCUCAGCCUUUGCUGCUUUUAGUGCCUUUUUAUAACAGUUUGCACUCUCUUUCCACGCAAUUUUAAAGACCUCUAAUUGGGUUUGUUUCCAUUUGCGCUCCAGUUUACGUGUUUCUCUUUUAAGGGCGCGAGUGGUGCUAUUGUACCAUGGUGCUACGUUUUUCUCAUUAAUCUUUUUUGACUUCAUAGGUGCGACAGCUUCUAAUGUAUUAGAGAAAAUAGUGCCCAAUUUGCUGGUCAUGUCAUCGAGCGAUUCUGUAUUUAUUGGUAUGGUUAUUAAAGGAGUCAGAUCUGGCAAGCUCUUUGCGAGGUAAUUGUUCUACCCUGUCGAUAACGAGUUAAACGGCUGAUUUCUGAAGUGCGCAGUGUACAUGUUAUAAGAUAGUGAUCGGUGACAUCGUCGCUUUGAGGUAUAAUAUCUAUAUUGGUUAGAUCGGCUCCGUGAGAUAUAAUCAAGUCUAGUGUAUGAUUAAAUCGAUGAGUGGGUCCAUUGAUGUGUUGUGUUACUCCAAAAGAGUGUAGUAGCUCUGUAAACGCCACUGCUAAUGCAUCGUUAGCAUUAUCUACGUGGAUAUUAAAGUCUCCAACAAUUAGUACUUUAUCAACGUUAACCAAUAGGUCCGAUAAGAAGUCCGCGUAAAACAAGUCUUAUUUUUAAGCCUUUAAAUAAGUCUUAAAAGACAAAAUAAAAUCUUUUUACAACAAAGUGUAAUGACUGUAAAUAAUAAUUUUUAGAGUUGCAGUGAAUGAACAUGUUCACAAAUAACAAAUCAUUGUAGUUCUCAGUGAAUGACUCACAAAAUAUUCAUGUUCUUUAUUAAAUCUCGUUCAUUAGUCAGUAGAAAUUUGGCAUUGACAUCACAAAUCAUGCAGUGAAACCUUAGAAGAGGCUGUUGAGCAAUCAGACCAGUUGCCAAAAAGAAAAGAAAAAAUAAUAGAAGAAAAAUGAUCAGGCAACAGGAUUUUCUCUUCUGUAGCAGCACUAAACCUUCACAAAUCCAACGAACACUCCAGACCCAAGAAAUGACUGUAAAUAAUCUGCGAUAUUUUCUCACACAGCAGAGAUCAGCUUCUGGAAAGUUGCUAUUUACUGGCUACUAUCUUUUCAGCCUUAGAUGUUUAGUCUUUAUACUUCAAAUACAUUUAUUGUUUGUUUGUUUGUUCUUUAGACUCCUUGAUUUGCCACAAAACAAACACUGACAACAUUAUUAUUGCUUAUUUUACCUUUGUUCCUUGUUUAAUUCCACUGUGUGACAACUUUCAUUCAUUUGUUCAGACUUUCAGUAUUUUACAGAACAGCACUGGAAGGUUUCCUCAGAGGUAUCGCUCAUAGAAUACAACAAUAGUAUUUCAAUAGCAAAAUCCCAUUAUUGUUUAUUGAGUAUUUGAAACUAAGCAGUGGGUGUAAAAAUAAUGAUUUGUUUAUUCAGUUUGUUUAUACCGAGGCGUCAUCUCUAUUGACUUUCAUUCAGACAGAUCUGACUUUGAUCUCUCUAGUGGAAGUUUCUGACAUAUUCUCCAUAUAGCAAUUAGAUGUUUAUGAAUUCACAUCAUUUAAAUGCGGAAAAAUACAUUCAGAUCCAGUCAGAACUGCCAAGUAUCUGACAGAGCAAAAAUAUUACAGAUAACCAAUAUUGCAGAUAAAAUGCUAGAUUUUUUUAAAGUGACCUAUUGUAUAAAAGUUAUUUCACACAUGAUAUAUGUACUGAAUAUCAGCCAUGAGGUCACAGCCAUGCUAAGACAAAAUCACAGCCUCUUGCUAUUCAGUAUGUGUGAUAUUGCAUCGUCUCUUCACGUACAAUAUUUUCAUUUUUUACUCGCCCACGGGACGUUCUACAACGUCAUGUGGGUGAGUAAAAAAUGACAACAUUUAGAUUUUCGGACGAACUAUCCCUUUUAAGUUCAGAAUACAAAUUGCAGUCCCUGAAUGAAUUUUAGUUUUGAGUACAUUAUUUAUGACAGUCCAUAUUGAUUGCCUUUUGCCUUAAAUAAUUGUCUUUUAAAAACAGACACGCUAUGAAUGGACGUCAUGAUGCUGUCCUCAUAGUGCAGUAUAGCGGUUGUAUCCCGGUCUCCACACAGGUUCACCACUGGUUCUCUGGCCGGCGGGGAGGUGGAC